UCGAGGCAUAGUUGCAAAGCAUGUUGGGUACCGUAGUCCUCUAACCCUGCUGCGCGCUGCAACUUCUUCGAUACUCCACACAUUUAGGCUGCCUGCAAUGGAUCAGUAUACAUGGUGAUGGAAUUCCCCACAACGCCAGACCUAGAAGACCCAGGCCCAGUGGGGCCUCCAGGGGGGCAGAAGCAGCCUGUGAAGUCCCACCUGCUGGCCUCCAGAGAGCUCCUGGUGGCCUCCCUGUAUAACCUGGCUCCCCUGCUGGACAGGACCCUGGCAUCCGGCCUGCUCUCCCAGGAGAACUACUUUGAGGUGGGGGCAGAGAGGACCCCUCAGGGCCGGGCACGCAGGCUGCUGGAGGUUGUCCAGGCUGAGAUGGACGAGGCUGGGGCCAGAGGCUUCAUGGAGUGCCUCGGGAGAUGCAAGCAGCACUACCCACGCCUCCGAGCCUGGCUCAGAACUGAUGCAGAUAUUCAGCGUGGACCCACAGAGCGUCAACUGCAGGCCCAGCUCAGUGUCCUGUGUGGCCGGUUGGGGUUCUCUGUCCUGCCAGUCUCCCUGGAGCUGUUCUCUAAUGGCACCCUAACUCAGUUUGAACUGGACCAGGUCCAGGCAGCGCCCACAUCUUACCAGCAGACCCACCAGCUCCUGUCCGUCUGUCUGUCCAAGGGAGAGAGGGCCUGCUGUAGCUUCUACCAGGCACUGGGCAGCGAAGACCCACAGCUGGCCUCAGACAUCAGUGUGGAGGAUCCUGGGGUGUGUAGUACUCCUGUGGAAGUGAAGGAUGAUGGGUUAUGUAGUACUCACACAGCAGUUGAGACCAGACAGACUGAUGGGGAAGGUCUGUCUCUCCCAGACACCCACAUACUCUCGGAUGUGCUCCAGCAGGUGCUGUCCCUGCUGGCUGUGGCUCCAGGUGAGGGGGCCAGGCUGAAUGUGUGUGAGCUGGGGGUGGCAGUGGGUCUGCCCAGGAGGACCGUCAGAGAGUGCCUGUUGGAGGAGGUUGAGGUGGGGGACAUCGUUCAGCUCAGGGCCCUGGUCACCCUCUUCCUCAGUAAGACCCAGGAUGCCUCUAGGCUGCUAAACAGGGUGGCAGAGUGCACAGCACAGCGGGUGCUGCUCUCUGAGAGGGGAUGUAUGUUACUGAAGCUGCUGUCUGUGGCUGAGGCCUUUCUCCGCACUGGGGACCACCACCUGCGAGCUGGGAACCAUCUCCACACUGGGGACCACAUAGACAAAGUGUGGAACAUCUUUAGCUUGGUCCUGUGGGACAGCAUGGCAGAGGCUCUGGAGGAUCCUGGGGCUGCAGUGGAAUCAUUGUGGGAACCUAGGGAUGCUGUCCGUCUGUUACGAGACAGUGAGAGAGUGGAGACAGAGCUUCUCCAGGAGUUGGAGGAAUGUUGGGCAGACGGGGGAACUGAGAGCCUGUUACAGAGUGUUACAGUACUAGCUCAGUUGCUACGUGAUCUCCACCCUCUUCAGGACAGUCUGCGCCUCUCCCCUCCUGAAGAGGGGGCUGUGUACCCCUGCCGCUCUCGCAGACUCCAUAGAGUCACCCGUUUCCAGGGCCUGUCUGCACGGGUCAUCCGCAAAGCACUGGGACACGGAGCUCCCUCCAAACACCCAGUCCCAGCUGGUCUCCCCAUCCAGUACAGAGAUCUCUGCCUCUGCAUCACACGUCUGCUGGACAGGGUGCACCCACAAGACAGCACUACCUCCAUAGAUCUCUCCCAGGCUCCUAUUGCUACCAUCACCCAGCACAUCUGCUCAACCCUGGCCCGGCCGGCGUUCGACCCCCAGAGCUUUGAUGCUGGGGUGAGACACAGGGUUCUGUCUGUGGUAAAGUAUGAUCCGGUCAGGUGGGGCCUGCUUAACUUACAGGAGCUGCAUAAAGACACUCUGUUGGGUCUGGAGAGCUACCUGAAGCCAGGGGAGCAUCACAGCUUCCAGCUUGUCCCAGAGAAAGUACGGAUCUUCGGAGGGCCAGAGAUACGCUGGGGAGAAAGGGUCAGGGGCCCAGUCGCCAUCGACAAUGGGAUAGAGGAAGUCCUCCAAUUUGUCACCUCCGAGCCAGCCUCCUUUCUUAUCAGUGUUAGCUGCCGCGGCUAUGACAGGGGCCAGUACUUUGAGGUACACGAGCCGCAGUGUGUGCGUGUGUCUGGACUGCAGGAGCAGGGGGUGGGCGAGGUGCAGGGUUUAGGGGGGACAGUGUUGGUUCUGGCAGUAGAGGGCGAGACAGUGUGGAUGAGAGAGGAGAGGCAGGGGAGGGCGUGCGGGACAGAGCUGGAGCAGGUGUCUCAGAGACACUCUGCCACACUACAGGAUGGGGGCUGCUGCUUCAGGGUCACGACCCCAGGGACACGUUGCCAGGUCAAGUUCAUCUACAAGACAAGGAGGAUCUCUGCUGUGGCCGAGAGGGACUGUGAAGUUUUCUAAAACCCUAUUCGCACGGGACUAGUAUUAUUAUGGAACGUAGGUUAUGUAAUUAUUGCCCCAGCAUGUCCGUUUUACCCCAUGGACGAUUUGACGGGAUGAGUUUUACCAAACUGCCCCUGUAAAUGUAAUUUCUUUCUCAUUCAAAAUGUGCCGUUAUGACGGAAGCCUGGAGGCUCUACUAUGGGCAUGAUGGUCUUCAAUUCAGAGAAAGUCAUAAUAAUAAUGCAUUUCAGUAAGAAGAACCAUGAACUGUAACCUACACAGACACUUAAUUACCUGACGGAUCUGGCAAUUUAUAUUUUCAUUGGCACAAUAUCAUCCACUUCAUUUAAAAGAGAAGUAUGACUCUGGGAAAGUUGAUUUGUGAAGGAAAAAAACUGUUCAUUCAUCUGUAGUCUACGUGCAUAUUAUUUUGUUUUACGCAUCAAUUUGUUCCCAAAUUCUUACCCACACUUGGCGCAGUACCUGUUUAACUCAAAACACACGGAUGACGAUUCACACGGGAUUAGUAUUAUCAGAGUAGGUUUUUAGGGGCUGGGAUAACAACCUUCCUGCCAAGUAAAAAUAACUGACAUGGCAGAUUCGGACAGGACUAAAAUGACAGAUGUGGUGAUUUGCGCUUGUGCACAUAAUUACAUUACCUGAGUUCCCCCGGUAAAACUAAUCCCAUCCGAAAUGGGCUGAAGUCUCACUUGGUGGGAUUUAAUACCAGAAGCAACAAACUGGUAUUCAUGCAUAGAUUAUGGCACCCACAUGAUUGAAAAAGGACCAGAACCAGAAAGCUGUCUUCACAUGUACAGCAUGAUGAGGUGUGGCGGACUCCAAUGCUAUUAAAUCCCAGCUAUAGAGCGAGACAUAGACCGUGUUCAUUCUCUCACUCACAAUCCUUGUUCAGUUAUUUAUCUAUCAACCUACACAGCAGCAUUAUGUUUUCUAUUUUUGUCCAACAAUGCACAGUACCUUAGCUGAUAUAGUUCAAUCAUAAUGUAAUUUAAAAAUUAAAUAGAAACCUUGCACCCGA